CCAAAUCUCCUUCCAUUUCAAUUCAAUCCAAAUUCUUCUUCUUCUUCUUCGCUCUUCUUCAUCCUCCUUCAAAUUCUUAACAAUUGCAGUAAUUUCCAUUUCUUUUCCUUUGAUCUUUUACCAGCAACUCGCUUAGUGAUGUCGAUUCUUACGAUCGGCCGGAGGAGGAUUUCGUCGACGAAUGCUUGGGCCACCGGUCGCCGGUUACUCUCUCCCUUCACCUCUCAAUCUCCUUCUCCUUCAAUUUCUCAGUUUCCGUCGCAGCAGACGCCCGAAUCCCUUCCACACCCAUUUCCUCCGCUUGGAUCCCCCAGUUCCGGUCGGGCAUGGCUUCAUUCACAUGCUAAUCGUUUCGAGGCUAGGAUAAAAGGCGUUUCGAAGAUAUGUCGCUUUUCUAGCCAGGCUUUAGACGGUCUUCCACUUUUUAGGUUGGUCGAUAUACCUUUGGCUCAAACUGGUGAAGGAAUUGCAGAAUGUGAGCUUCUUAAAUGGUUUGUGCAAGAGCUCAAACUGCUGCAAUGUGGCUGUCAUGCGAGAGCUGUUUGUGUUGGAUCUCUGUCUGGUUUACGGAGGAUGCAGGAUCAGUUCAAGGGGAUGAAGUUGAGGAGUUUCAACCACUUUGUGAAGUUCAGAGUGACAAAGCAACAAUUGAAAUAACUAGUCGCUACAAGGGAAAAGUUGGUCAACUUUUAUAUGUUCCGGGGGACAUUGUUAAGGUUGGAGAAACUCUUUUAAAAGUACACGUCGAGGGUUUCGAGGAUGAGAUCCAGGUUUCAGGGUUAACUGAAGGGCAUUUGGCAAAACCCGAAGUAAAAGAGUCCCAACAGGACAAAAGCAAAAACUGUGGAGUUCUGUCCACACCUCCUGUUCGGGAUCUUGCAAAAGAAUAUGGUAUAGACAUAAAUGAUGUCAGUGGAAGUGGUCCAGAUGGAAGGGUAUUAAAAGAAGACGUUCUUCAGUAUGCUGUCAAAAAAGGAAUUCUUGAAGACCAUGUUUCUUCUGCUGCUAGUUUUAGGGUGCAAUUUGAUGAAUCAGAGACUCACACUCAUGCACCAGAUGGAGUUAUGUGGACCUACGAGGAUAAGAAAGUUCAAUUGAGAGGAUUCCAACGAGCAAUGGUUAAAUCCAUGGCCAUUGCAGCAAAGGUUCCCCAUUUUCACUACGUAGAGGAGAUCAAUUGUGAUGCACUUCUGGAGCUUAAAGCAUCUUUCCAAGGAAAUACUACCGAACCAAAUGUCAAACACACGUCUCUUCCCUUAUUGAUAAAGUCCCUUUCUAUGGCAAUGAGCAAAUACCCAAUGCUAAAUAGUUGCUUCAAUGAAGAUUCAUUUGAGGUCACUCUCAAAGGCUCCCAUAAUAUUGGAAUCGCCAUGGCUACUCCACAUGGUUUGGUUGUGCCAAAUAUAAAGAAUGUUCAGUCCCUUUCUGUUUUGGAGAUCACAAAGGAGCUAUCACGCUUACAACUACUAGCAAUGGAAAACAAGCUCAGUCCUGGGGACAUAUCCGGUGGCACAAUAACCUUAAGCAAUAUCGGAGCCAUUGGUGGAAAAUACGGUUCUCCUUUGCUCAACUUGCCUGAAGUAUCCAUCAUCGCAAUUGGCCGAAUAAAAAAAGUUCCACAGAUUGCCGAUGAUGGGAGCGUGUAUCCAUCAUCAAUCAUGACGGUGAACAUUGGUGCAGACCAUAGAGUUCUGGAUGGAGCAACAGUGGCAAGGUUUUGUAACGAGUGGAAGCGAUUCAUUGAAAAUCCAGAGCUUCUGAUAUUGCAUAUGAGAUGAGAGAAAGUAAAUGUAUCUGUAUCCCCCCAUUUGAUAUAAUAAAAUGAAAGGGGCCGCCACAAAAAGAAAAAAAGAACGAAAUCUUACUUUCAAAUUUCAUACUGAUCGUCGCUCUUUGGAUAAGAAGAAAGAAAGAAAGAAGGCUCAAUGGUUACGUGACGUAGUCAACUUUGAAAGCUAGAUAAUGGAUUUUGACAAACAGCUCUAUGGAUUUUGAAAAACAGCUUCUACAAAUUUUACGAA